GAGAAAUGGGAUUACAAAUUUUAUGGUAUCAACGAAUUUGAAAGUUUACGAAUGGAUCCUCAACAUAAAUUUAUAUUAGAUUCGACAUACAUGGCUUUAGAGAAUGCAGGAAUAACACGAAAAGAAAUCAAGGGAUCCAAUACUGGCGUUUAUAUUGGAGUAAUGAAUGGCGAUUAUUCUUCUAGUUUCGCUCAAAGUGUGCUGGACUUUGACAAUUACACGGUAACUGGAACAAAUGACAGUAUCAUAUCUUCAAGAGUUAAUUACGUAUUUGAUCUACAUGGCCCAUCAAUGACUAUUGAUACAGCUUGUUCUUCAUCUCUGAUAGCCAUACAUACUGCCCACCAAGCCAUUUUAUCGGGUGAAUGUGAAAUGUGUAUUGCUGGUGGAGUUAACUGUCUUCUUAAACCAGACACAUUCAUCCAGCUGACUAAAGCUGGUAUGGUAUCACCAACAGGACAAUGUCAAGCUUUCUCUGAGAAUGCUGAUGGUUAUGCUCGAGGAGAAGGGUGUGGAAUUGUCAUUUUAAAAUCAUAUGAAAAGGCUCUAGAAGAUAACAAUCCGAUCUGGGCGACAAUAUCCACAGCUUCUAAUCAUGAUGGUCAUACAGUCUCACCAAUAACUACACCAUCUAUGCAACAGCAAAUAGAAUUAUUAAAUAUUGUAUUUAAAAGAUUUGACGUUGAUCCUCAGAGUAUUGAUUAUAUUGAAGCUCAUGGAACGGGAACUAAAGCAGGGGAUCCUGUUGAAGUAAAAGCUCUUGGGACAUUUUUCCAAACUGACAAAAAUUCGACACCAAAAAUAAUAGGAUCGGUAAAAACAAACAUUGGUCAUCUUGAAUCGGCCGCUGGGGUAGCAGGUCUGAUUAAAGUUUUAUUAAUGCAGAAACAUCAACAGAUCGUUCCUUCUCUCCAUUUUGAAAGACCUAGUCAAGACGUUCCACUUGACGAGUUUAAAUUUAAAGUGCCAAUGAAGCCCAGUCCGUGGCCAGAUACCACCAGAGAUGUUUUACGAUCAUCAGUAAAUAGUUUUAGCUUUGGCGGAAGUAAUUGUCAUGCUAUUGUUACGACACCAAAAACGAAAAAUUUACUGACUCAAACUGAUCAUAUGAACAAAAAAGUCGUAUGUAUCUCUGCAGUGGACAUAGAAUCUUUACUUAAUAUGAAAAGGGCUUUGUGUGAAAACGCUAAAGACCUGCAACUUGCUGAUUUAUCUUAUACAUCCAUAUAUAGAAGGGAUCAUUAUCCAUGCCGUCUGGCUGUAGCUGGUCAAAAUACCAUCGAAGUUCUUAAAAUUCUAGAAGGUACUGAUGUCGACAAACAUCUGAUGGUGAAAUACCAGCCAGCUAAAGGGAAGAAGUAUAUCUUUGUUUUUGCUGGUUUAGGAACAAAUUGGCAAGGAAUGUGUCAGGAAAUGUUAAAAAGAUUUAAAGUAUUUCGUUCUACCAUUGAAGACAUUUCCAAACAUCUUGAACGGUAUGCUAACUGGAACUUAUUUGAAAAUCUUCAAAAUGGAUUUGAUUUAGAGGACGCUAACAUCGCACCAAUUAUGACAUUUGCAUGUGAGGUAGCGUUGUUUUUUUUAGUGGAAAGUUUUGGAGUUAAUCCUGAUGCUAUCAUUGGACAAUCCAUUGGUGAAGUAGCUGCUGCCUUUGCUUCUGGUACCGUCACUCUGGAACAAGCUGUGUAUAUUAUUUAUCACAGAACAAGAGUACAGGUUCAAGGUACUGGUGGUAAAAUGUUUGUUGCUACAAAUAUUGAAAUAGAUAAAGUAGAAGAGGUUUUAGAGAGAUAUGAAUCACAAGCUAAUGUAUCUGUUUACAGUAGUCCAAUGAGCUGUGCUAUAAGUUGUGAU